UUCACCUGCCGGAGAAGAGACUUGGAGAGAAAGAGUGUGAGCAGGAAUCACUGCAGCGCAGGAGGGAUUUUUAUCACUAUUUUUCUUCCAAAGACAGUUUGUUGCUUUCCCCCACUCUGGAAUUUCCUCCUGGAGUUGCUGAGCCGGUUUGUUUUUUCCCCAACCCUUGCGGAGAAGAACUUGCACGGCUGGCGUGGAGGGAAAGGAGGACACAGGGUACCAGAGUCCGUCCCCCCCAGAGAAAGAUGGGGUGUGCCUUAUCUGGACCAGGCGUCACAAAGGAGUCAACUUUUUCCGAGGAAAAGAGAGGCUCAUUUCUAGAAGGCGGGCUGGACUUAAGCGAGGAGACUGAGUGCGGGGAGACUCCUGAACAGCUCUCCCUUUCAGAGUCUCAGAAAGCCCUGAUCCAAGAGUCCUGGAAAAUCCUGCACGAAGACAUUGCAAGGGUUGGGAUCAUAGUCUUCAUCAGACUGUUUGAGACCCACCCUGAGUGCAAAGACGUCUUCUUCCUCUUCCGGGACAUCGAUGACCUGCAACAGCUGAAGAUGAGCAAAGAGCUGCAGGCCCACGGCCUCAGAGUGAUGUCGUUCAUUGAGAAGAGCGUGGCGAGGCUCGAUCAGGAGGACAAACUGGAGCACUUGGCCUUUGAGCUGGGCAGGAGUCACUUCCGGUACAAAGCACCCCCUAAGUACUAUGAGUACGUAGGUGCUCAGUUCAUCCAAGCUGUCCAGCCCAUUCUAAAAGAAGCCUGGACUCCGGAGGUCGAAAAGGCUUGGGAGAGCCUCUUCAAAUAUUUGGCAGCCACCAUGCGGCGAGGCUUCUACACGGAAGAGAAGACUGCGGGAGCGAGCAAGUCUCUUUCCUCGAGGAAGGCUGGCGCUGAAUCAACUCCAAACAAAAUCUAGCAAGACAAAAGAUGCUCUUGAUGUGACUCGACGAUGGACCCCCCUGGACUCCCCUUUUUUUGCUCCUCUCUUCCAAGUGGAACUCCCAGGUGCAGGAAAGGUCCUUUGCAGUGAUUCCAUCUCUGUUGAAAACAGGGGUUGGUAAUAAUUUUUUUUUAAAAAAGAAACUCAAGGCAAAGAUUUGAGGGUUCUUGAAAGAAGGACCAAGCAUCCAUAAAUGACCUUCCUAUGAACUUUAUAAAUGCGUAUU